AUGGAAGAGAUGAAGCUGUCCCACGCUGGCCAGCUCGCCUCAUACGACGACCAGAUUGCAGAGCUGACUGCGAAGCACGAGAAGUUGACUCAGUCCCACGACCGACAAGCCUCGAAUGCUCUCAACCCAGAUGUCCUGCUUCGUGAGGCCCAGAGAGCGCUUGGACAUCCGACGACCAUGGAUAUGUUGAUCGGUCAUAUUCAAGACCUUCGUGAGGAGAAGGAUGCAAUCAGUGAAGCCGUCAAGCGGCAUCAUGCGACCAACCAGGAAUUGGAGCGACAGAUCCAAGGCCGCCAGAACCUAGAAGAGCUCGAGACAGAAGUCGAGACGCUGACGAACAAGAUGAACACCUACCAAGAGACGAUUCGCAACCUGGCCAACGAGGUCGGCAACCAUGAGGAAUCCCUGCGCGAGAAGAACGCCUUGGUCAAGAAGCACGAGACCACGAUCGAGGGCAAGAACCAUCUCAUCGAGGAACUCGAGCAACAGCUCCAGAAUAGCUUCGACCAACAUCACAACCGCGUUUCGGUCAUCCAAGCUGCGGGCAACCAAGCCUUGGUCGAAGCUCAACAGCGGAUAGCUCUCUUGGAGCAGGACCUUGGCGAGACGCAACGCGGCUCAUUCAACGGCUCCGACCAAGGCUCGCGCACGCAUACAAUGAAGUCGCAACGACCUCAGUCACCCCCUACAUUCGACAGCCAGAACCGCACGAACUCGCUGUCUUCGAAUCUCCGCAAGUCAGCGUCCAUUGCGUCGUUGCCAUCACCGCCUCCCGCCAUCCCACUCCCGCCGCUUCCGUCCCUCCCAGCCAUCCAAUCCGGCGUACCCACCAGCAAUCCGUCGCCACCACAGUCCCGGCAUACUUCGAAGGAGGUCAUACCCUCCGUCAACGCGAACAGCACUCCGCCAACAGCCAACAAGGACCGCGACUCCGCUGCCCAUCUCGAGAAACUCAAGCGUCAGUCCACCCUCAUCGAAGAGCAGGAAUCACGCAUUCGCACCAUUGAGAAGCAUUUGCAUGCUGAGAAGCAACUCACAGCGACACUCGAGGAAGCGCUUGUCGAUCUCGAAACACAGUCUAACAAACUGCGUGCCGACGCGGAAGGGUGGAAGAAGAAGGCGUGGUCGAUGGAGGAGGAAGUCGCCGGACUCAAGAAGGCGAGCAAGACCGAGCGGCUGAGCGUACAGGCUGUGGAGGAGGAAGUGAAGAAGCGAAGAGAGGCAGAGGCUGCGAGGGCGCAGCUGGAGGAGAGGAUGAGACUGCUGCAGGGGCAGACGGGCGUUGGAGGAAGAGAUGCUCAGGGAAAGAAGAAGAGGAAAGGUGGAGGGUUGAACUGCUUCUAG